AUGGACUUGAACCUGCCAAUCCGCCCAGCUGCGAAAGCGACCAUUUCACAGCCGGUCCCUCCCAAGAGGGUACCUUUUCCGAUCGCUUGUUUGGCAGAAGGUGGCCUCACAGCUCGCUAUGAACAUGCUAAAUCUAUCGAGACGCGUAUUCAGCAGUAUCAACCACGGUUCCAUAUGCUUCAUCUUGACCCCGACAACUUAAAAGAAGCCUACUGGAGCCAUGCCAAGCCUAUGCAGGUAAAGCCACAGAAGCCACUGGCCCCCGGCAUGACCAUGGACCAGAUCACGCGGUCGAUGUGCUACCGUGCGUCUUUCAAAACUCGAACGACUUCCAACAUAAUUUCUACCCAAGUCGGCGACGACGAGGAGAUCAAGUGCAGGUCCCGCGACAGAAACAGAUGUGUUCUGUCUGGAAAAGAGAACCCUUCUGUCUUUUGGUUCUUUCCACGUGGAAUGAAUAAUACUGUGGACAACAACAACGCUACAGGCAAUCUUGAAGCAGGAUGCUACCACUUGACUAGGGUCGACCUUUUGAAGGGGGGUCUGCUCAGUCCCCGACAACUUGGCAUGACUCAUAAAGUCUGGAAUAUGAUCUGUGUUGACAAGAGUUACUGUGAUUACCUUGAGCAGGGUCUCUGUGCAUUUAAGUUUAUCGGCGACAAAGAACUUCCUGAUGGACGUGUUCAGGUGUAUUUGAAAUUUUUCUGGAUGCCUGAGAUGCUUGCACGAUUCAAUCAAAUCAUGGAUCUCAACAAGAUCAGACAAUUCGAGCCCUCUGUGACGUCUGAAGGGUUCACAACCUUCAACCCAUCUUCGAAAACAAACGCUGUCCCUCCCCCCAACAAGUCAACAAUUGCCCAGUACCGUCAGGCAAAGACAUCGUCAUAA